AUGAAUCCUUCUACUACAACUACAGCUGGCAAAAGCAAUACCGGUCCGGUAUAUCGUAUACCGCCGUAUCAUUAUAUUCAUGUGCUCGAUCAAAAUACUAAUGUGACACGUCUUGAAAUUGGUCCCAAAACAUUUAUCAAACAAGACAAUGAAACCGUUACCGUUGGACCAGAAAAGAUGAUUACCGUGCCACCACGUCAUUACUGCGUUGUCGAAUCACCAGUAGUACGUAACGAGGCCGGUGAAGUUGAAUUCGAUAAAAAUGGUCAAGCGAAAUUGAUUCAUGCUGAUUUGGACAUUCGUCUUGCAAGUGCAGAUCAAGCACCCUUUCCACUCUACCCAGGAGAAGUCCUCCGUCAGCCGGUAACUCCUUUGAAAGUAGUUCCAGCCAAUUCAGCAUUACGUUUGAAAGCUGUUCUUGAUUUCGAUGAUGAAACAACCAAAGAACAACGUAAAGCUGGUGACGAAUGGUUAUUCGAAGGACCAGCCACUUAUAUCCCACGAAAAGAAGUUAGUGUGGAAGAACAAAUUCGCGCCACUGUCAUCGGUUCCAACCAAGCCAUUCGACUCUGUGCUAAAAAAGAAAUCACCGAUCGAAAUGGUCAACGACGUGUUACCGGUGAAGAAUGGUUAGUAAAAAAGACCGGUGCUUACCUGCCACUAGCAUAUGAAACCGUAGUUUCAGUCGAGAAUGCCUAUGUUUUAACUGACAAGAAAGCUCUACAUAUUCGUGCAUUGAAAACUUUUACUGAUGAUUUCGGUAAAGAACGCAUGAAUGGUGAAGAAUGGCUUGUUACACAUGCAGAUACAGAAACACAUAUUCUCAGCGUCUAUGAGCAAUUAGUUGCUGUCGUUGAUGUUAUCACUCUGAAUUCACGUCAAUACUGCGUCAUUCUCGAUCCCGUUGCCGAUGGCAAACCACAAUUGGGAAGAAAGAAACUUGUUGUCGGUGAAAAAUCCUUCUUUCUUCAACCCGGCGAAAAACUCGAAAAUGGCAUUCAAGAUGUUUACAUCUUAGGCGAAGACGAAGGUGUCAUUCUCAAAUGUAUUGAAACAUUCGAAGAUCAACAAGCUGGUACAACACGAAAUCCUGGUGACAGAUGGAUGAUUCGUGGUCCAACUGAAUAUAUUCCUCCCACACAAGUCGAAGUACUCACCCGCCGCAAGGCACUUCCAUUAGAUGAAAACGAAGGUAUCUAUGUUCGUGAUAUCAAAACUGGCCGUGUACGAGCUGUUGUCGGCGAAACUUACAUGCUCACACAAGAUGAAGAACUUUGGCAAAAGGAAUUACCAAAACAAGUCGAAGACUUAUUAUCACGUGACCCAUUAGCUGAGCGCAAUGUUCCAACGCAAACAAUUCUGAAAUCGUCAUAUUACACCAAUGAUUCAACUAGUGCAUGUGUGCAUAUAGCACCAGUUGACACAAUUGACCGAGAUCGUCGAUCGAAAAAUGGUAAUUAUUUAUAUUUUAUCGAACAACGGCUGAAAUUCUUCCCUCAAUGGUCUGACACCAACGCAAUUCAUCUCAUAUUUAAUCACUACACAGGCACUUGGCCUUCGUAUCGUCGCACACUCGAUUUUACUCUACCAUCUCAUUAUAUCCUUGCUUCAACUAGUUUGACUCGUUCGAAUUAUAACUGUUCGUCACAGUUGACAUUUCCACUAUUUCACUCUGAUUAUCCGUUUUAUCAUUUUCCUUCAUCGUCCACUUCUCGCACGACCCUUCUGUCCUUCAAAGGAAAAAGUUAUGAAGAUGUUCAACAUCAUCGCACUUUUUUCCAUCAUUUAAAUAACAAUAACGACAUUAUCAUCAAGUUCACCGAUAAUGACACGAACUCCGAUAACAAAACCGAAUAUAUCAAACUGUUAGAGCAAUCACAUUUUUGUCUCGUGCCCAGCGGACGACGUUUAUAUUCGUAUCGAUUUCUUGAAGUUUUACAAUAUGGUUGUAUACCAGUUAUAACAAGCAAUGACGACGAAUCUCUCAUUCUUCCCUUUAGUGAAAUUAUUGAUUGGUCUAAAUCGGUGAUUAUCUAUUUCAAUGCGUCGUACAGUUUAUUACCAGUUUAUUUGAGAAUGAUUCAUUCCAAUCAACGACAUGCAAUGCAAAAAGAAUAUUUGAUUUUCUUGAAAUUAAAUCAUGACAGAUAUUAUUNAGCAGAAAUCAUCCGUGCCGCAGUUUUCGGUCUUGAUGCUGAUAAACGCGUUCGCGAUCAAUUUGUUUUCCCUCAAAAUAAUCUCGUUAUCACAUCCAUCGAUAUUCAAAGUGUCGAACCUGUUGAUCAACGAACACGUGAUGCACUUCAGAAGAGUGUUCAAUUGGCUAUCGAAAUCACAACCAAUUCACAAGAAGCUGCCGCUAAACAUGAGGCUUCACGGCGUGAACAAGAAGCCAAAGGUUUAUUAGAACGACAACGUAUUAAAGAUGAAGCUGAAGCUGAGGAAGUUCGUAAACAACUUCUCGAAUUACAAGCACAAUCAGCUGCUGUCGAAUCAACUGGCCAAGCUAAAGCUGAAGCUCAAAGUCGAGCAGAAUCUGCCAAAAUCGAAGGAGAAGCUGCCGUCGAACAAGCUCGUCUCAAAGCUGAAGCUACUCGUAUCGAAGCCGAGGCUGAAUUAUCACGCUUGAAAUUAGCUCGUGAAGCUGAGAUCAAAUUUCUUCAUGAUCAAAAUGAAUUAGAAAUUAGUAAAAAAGCCGAAAUGUCACACAUUGAAACAGAAAAAUUCAAAUUACAAGUCGAAUCCAUUGGAUCGUCCACCAUUCAAGCCAUCGCUACCUCUGGUCCAGAUACUCAAGUCAAACUUCUUCAAGCACUCGGUCUUCAAUCAAUGCUUGUCACCGAUGGUCAUACACCGAUCAAUCUUAUGGGAUUUGGCCAAGGCCUUCUUGGUGGUUUAACCACAAACACCAACCGAAAUGCUGGAGCAUCCCGAAACACUUCAAACGGAUAUCAAGUCGUCGAAAACGAAUAA